AGAAAUUAUUGAUUACUAUCAAAAUAUCAACAAUAUGUGAUCUCAAAUAUUGUAAGGUUAAAAUAUGAUAUAUAAAAUAAUGGAAAUAUAUCUAAUAAUGAAAAACGGAGGAAAGGAAAAAUCAGAAUAUAAAAUUUAAGUUUAUUAAUUUGCAAUACCAUACUAAUGGAAUAUAAUAAUGGGCUGUUUGAUGGAAAGCAUUUCCAUUCUGAAAUAGUAUGGAUAAAAAAAAAAGUUUAUGGUGAUAUUCUUGAGAAAAAAAGAAGACUUUGAGAUAAAAUAUAAUUUAGAAGUUACGGAUAUGCUUUUGCUAUAUUUUUUCUUUUUUUCAUGUUCUCAAUAGAUUUUCCUGUACUAAUAGUACUUGAGAAUUGGAAAAGAUUGGAUAUAUUGCACCAUUAAAAGCGCGUAGGAAAUUUAAGAUCUACAAACAAGGCAACGGGUGUAACCUCAUAAGUUUCAGGAGUAUAAUAUUUUCAUCUAAUAUCUUUUGACUUACUUAUUCUUAUAAUAGAUAUUAUACGUAUAGUAACGAUUCCUAAAAUCUUAAGAUAUAAUGAAAAAUGUAAAGAAGUUAAGUUGAUGACUGCUUAA